AUGGACUUCAAGACCAGCAAACCCGGGCGCUCCUAUGGCGAGGCCAUCACUAAAGUGGGCGAGUUUUCUGUCCAACAAAUGGCCAAAAUAUGGCCACAAAAGUCUGAGCAGCAGUUGUAUGGCAUGCUUGGACUGACCCCGAUGUUAGGCCUUAAUGAUAAUGGCGAGCAUUUUAUGCAGAGCGACGCCCAGGCGGUGGUGGCUUUUGCCAAACAGAAGCAGAUUGGUCAUUUGGGUUUUUGGUCAAUUAAUCGUGAUAAACCGUGUCGUAAGAAAUUUUUAGUGCAACCGUAUCCACCUUCUGGCUCAGCGUACGCCACGUCGGAUCAAUGGUCAAACAACACGGGAAAGUGCGGCAUAUGUGGCGCCCCAUACGAUGGUCCGCUCAACAACGAACUGCCCAACGGUUUGUACGCCAAACCCCUGUUCAUCACCCGAACCUACGGCUCCGGCAGUUCAGUGGACAUUAAAGUGGUCGUAACGGCCAACCAUUUCGGGUUCUUUGAGUUCCGUCUGUGUCCAACCACCACAAUGGACAGGGAGGUCACUCAGGGUUGUCUGGAUCAGCACUUGUUACCUGUGCUCAACUCAAAGGUCGGGCCCGGCGGUAUAUAUCUGGAAAAUAGCUGUCAUUCAGUCCAAGAGCUGACCGCAGCCUAUAAAAAGGUACUGUCUGUGACGGGCGCUACCGGUUUGGAUGUGGACGUAGAGGUGUCCAUACCUUUAGAUACAGUGAUGGGAGCGUUGGUCGCCAUCCAAAAGGAAAAUCCCAACAUUACUGUUAGCUUCACUGUUCCUACUCAGGGCGAUGACUACGGUAUGAACGACCCGUACGGCGUGGAUGUGCUGAAGAGUGCGGCCAAACACGGCGUUAACGUAGAUGUAGUCAAUGUAAUGGUAAUGGACUUCAGGACCAGCAAACCCGGGCGCUCCUAUGGCGAGGCCAUAUCUAAAUCUGAGCAACAGCUCUAUGGCAUGCUUGGACUGACCCCGAUGUUAGGCCUUAAUGAUAAUGACGAGCAUUUUAUGCAGAGCGAUGCCCAGGCGGUGGUGGCCUUUGCCAAACAAAAACAGAUAGGGCAUUUGGGUUUUUGGUCAAUUAAUCGUGAUAAACCGUGUCGUAAAGUUAGCCCCAGGUUUAACGGUAAAUGGGUGCAGGCUGAUCCCAAUUGCUCCAGUAUCCAGCAGCAAGCAUUUGAAUUUACCAAGAUUUUUAACACCAUUAAUCAAUAA